AUGGCAGCAGUGGUUUUGACAAUUGUGAGGCUGCCUGCCUUGUAUGAAGGAAUGUACCGAGCAGUAAGCUCUCAGACUCGGACGAUGCGUGAGCUGAGCCGUAAGCUGGACACAAUUUCUGAGAAUUGCAGGCCACUUGCAGCUCCUGGGACUCACUGGCGGGAACGAAUCGGCCUUGGAGAAGCUACAAGCUUGGUCCAGAGGUGUGACCACAAAAUGUGGCUGUUUGGAAUCGCCAAGAGGAACGGGAUCGACUUCAAUCGGCAGAUAAAGACAGAGGACGUGACUGACUCUCCUCAUUCAGCCUCCUCAGUGAAGACAUGCCACCUGACCCAGAACUCUCCCGUCCACGGGGGUCAGCUGAGUGGGGAGCUCACCUCACUCCACCCCAUGCAGCAGCUGGUUCUGAUGCCUCCGUCUCACCUGUCGUCUCCAUCCUCCUUCCUGCUCUCCCAGAGUCCCUCCAGCCACCAAGCCCUUCUGCAGCCGAACCUGCUCUCCCUUCCCGCCCAGAGUCAACCUGGUCUUCUUCAGCAUCAGUCGGGACUAGCUCUGACUCCACAGGGUGUGAGCCGUGCUGGUUUGGUAGGACCUUCUAUGGAGAACCACAUGGACAUGUCCCACCUGCAGAUGCCCAAGCACAUGUCGGUAGCACCACAGGAGGAACCCAACGAUCUGGAAGAACUGGAGCAGUUUGCCAAAGCGUUCAAACAGAGACGCAUCAAGCUGGGCUUCACUCAGGGAGACGUGGGCCUCGCGAUGGGAAAACUGUACGGGAAUGAUUUCAGUCAGACCACAAUAUCUCGAUUCGAGGCCCUCAACCUCAGCUUUAAAAACAUGUGCAAGCUCAAACCUCUGCUGGAGAAAUGGCUGAGUGAUGCAGAGAACUCACCUUCUGACUGCAUGAGCACUUCGACCUCUCUGCCACCUCUGAUGGAGGGCUACGGGCGCAAGAGAAAAAAGAGAACAAGCAUAGAAACAAACAUAAAGCUGACUUUGGAGAAGCGAUUUCUUGAUAACCCCAAACCCAACUCGGAGGAGAUAACCCUGAUCUCAGAACAGCUUUCCAUGGAGAAGGAGGUGGUUCGAGUUUGGUUCUGUAACCGUCGUCAGAAAGAAAAGAGGAUCUACUGUCCAGUGGCUACUUUACCAGUCAAGUCUCACAGCUACAACUCCAGAAUGGCCUCAACCUCCAGACCCUACAGCCCUCUGGCCUUAGGUGGAGUUUCAUCAAGUUCCUCCCCGAACAGCACAAGUCGCGAACCGUCUCCCAACGGUUUGUCUGCAGCGUCCGUUGCUCUAACCUCUCAGGUCAACCCAGCUUCCUACAGCACCCCAGGGUCUUGGUAUCGUGCUUGGAAUUCUGCCGCGUAUCAUCACUGA